AUGGACUCCAGUCUCGAGUUCCUCGGUUCCUUUGACGUUUCUGACUCUCAAGGCACCGUAGUAGCAUCUGCGGAGGAGGUUGACGAGGCACAGGAGGAGGAGUUGUUGUUUUCGGUCCGUUGUCGUACUCGACCAACGCCUGGUACAGAUAGCUCUGGGGACGAGGAGGAGGGGAAGGCAGGAGAUGAAGGGGUGAUAGAUGCUCCAGCUCCACCGACAAAGAAAAUGAAGGCUGCCAAGAAGGCUGCUAAGAAGCCCGUUCGUGAGACUAGAGAACUCCCGCCUGUACCAGAUUUCGACAAUAUCUUUCGCCACUACAAGGAUGGACACCCAGCACAAUCCAACCUUCCCCGUGCUCUUCAACUCGACCAAGAACUGGCACCAAUAAACAUAUUCAGCCUAUUCUUCAGCGGCAAAGUAUUUUCGGAUAUGGCCACCUUCACUAACGCAUAUGCAGCAUCAAAAGGAGCCGGCACAGGAGGGGGAUUGCGCCAAUGGGUAAAGACCAUACCUGACGAACUGCGCAUAUUCCUCGGCAUCAUUGUCUACAUGGGCGUAUUCAGGCAGAAUUCUGUCUCUGAGUAUUACCUGUCUCCAUGCUCUUCACCGUCCAUGCCCUCAGCUUCGGCGACAACGACUGAUCCGCUGUCUAAGAUCCAGACGCCCUCGAGAGAAAGCGCCAACGCAAAGUCAGUGCGGGAUGCUUAUAAAGGACAUUCCAGGGCGUUACUCCCCAUCCCAAAAAUCGUCGAUGACUACAACCACCACAUGAACGGACUCGACAUCGCCGACCAGUUACGCAGCUACUAUUCGACUCAGCUCAGGACUUAUCGCGCAUGGGCUCCGAUCUUCUUCUGGUUACUGGAUACAACAAUCAUCAACGCGUACCUCAUCAACAAACUCUUCGGCUCUUUCAUGCAUCACAGGGGGUUCCGACAGUUCCAAGCUAAGGAUCUGAUAGUGUCCGCCAAAUGCGCUGGUGGCGAUGCCGGUGCUACUGAUGUUGACGAGGAUGUGGACGACGAUGCCGCCCUCAAGCGACCCAAGAAGAUCAUUUUCAAACCGGGUCAUAUUCAACUCUGCUGGUGA